AUGGCCAUAACCGAAUCGCGAAGCGCUGUUUUCCAUCGAAGUCUCCAUUCAGACCCAAUAUCAGUGGUUGGAGCUACUGGAAACUACCUGCAUCUAUCCGAUGGUGGAAAACUGCUCGAUGCUACAGGAGGAGCGGCUGUAUCAUGUCUUGGGCAUGGCAACAAGCGUGUGAAGGAGGCGAUUAUAAGUCAAUUGGAUGUUGUAUCGUACGUACAUUCUGCAACAUUUGCUACGGAAGCUGCAGAGAAGCUUGCAAAAGAACUCGUCGAUUCAACGGAUGGAGCCAUGUCGAAGGCGUAUAUUGUCAGCUCUGGUUCCGAAGCAAUGGAGGCAGCUCUCAAGCUUGCAAGACAACACUACCUCGAGUCCAAGCCCCCACAACCACAGAGAACCAAGUUUAUCGCCAGGCACGAGUCCUAUCACGGAACGACCCUCGGAGCACUUUCGAUCAGCGGCCACAAGGCACGCCGUGCUCUAUAUGAGCCCAUGUUGCUCCCAAACAUGAGUAGGGUCUCUGCCUGCAACGCGUAUCGUGGCAUGAAGAAGAGCGAGACAGAGGCACAAUACGUGGACAGAUUGGCAAAUGAGCUUGAUGACGAGUUCCAGCGCCUCGGACCGGAGAAUGUGUGUGCCUUCGUUGCCGAACCUGUUGUCGGUGCUGUAACGGUCAAGGGUUACUUCCAGGCAGUACGCGCUAUCUGCGAUAAGUAUGGGGCGCUUUUGAUUUUGGACGAAGUANNAUGUGGUAUGGGCCGUACAGGCACCUUGCACGCCUGGCAGUCAUCCCUCAUUGGCGUCACACCCGAUGUACAGACAAUUGGCAAGGGACUAGGUGGCGGAUAUGCGCCUGUAGCGGGCGUACUAAUCAGUCGCAAGGUUACAGAUACACUCUUUGGAGGCACCGGUGCUUUUACUCAUGGCCAGACAUAUCAAGGUCAUCCUGUCAGUUGCCGAGCGGCGCUGGAAGUACUCAGAGUCAUCCAAGAGGAGAAGCUGGUACAGAAUGUGGCUGCUAUGGGCGAGAAGCUGGAGGAAGUUUUGAAGCAGAAAGUCUUGCCAUUGCCUCAUGUUGGUAAUGUGCGAGGAAAAGGACUCUUCUGGGGAAUUGAAUUUGUCAAAGACAAGACAACCAAAGAGCCAUUCGAUCCGAAAGAGAAUGUCGCAAUGAACAUCCAUGANAAAGGUGAUCCACACAACAUCACGCUCUACCCUGGAAGUGGCACUGUUGACGGCAAGAUCGGAGACCACAUUCUCCUUGCUCCUGCGUACAAUGUGACGGCUGACGUGAUCGAGCUGAUAGUGCAAAAGACUGCGAGAGUGAUUGAGGAGUACUUCCAGAAAGCGUAA